CAGAAGCCUCCAAGGAAAGCAGUGAGCGUGUUGGAAAAUUUCGCCUCACUCUGAUCGCGCGACGUUCGUGAUGAUGGAGUUGUAAUUCAUCUUUGGAUAUAUUUUUUUCCCUGGUUCAGACAAAAGGGUAGAGAAAAAAUUAUAUUACAUUAUCGCCAUCAAAUAUUUACCGUGUGAUUUGUGUGCAGUCGUGUCUUUCGAUUAGUGCUGACGCAGACCAAACAGCUGAAGAGUGUCAACAAAUAUCGGAAUGAGGAACAUCAGUUUUCAUCAAAACCAACCUUCCUGAGCCAGGAAAGGAAGCUAAACAUACUAUUUUCGCCGUCGUGAAGACGCCGGCAGUAUUCAUAAACGAUUAGGCAUUAGCAUUAAUAUAGGGAAAAGUGUAUCGUUACAGCAUCGCGCCCCAUCAUGUUAAAGUGAGAAAAAUUGUGAAAAUCAAGAUUAUAGUCGCUGAACGGUGCCAACACAUCGUAUUCGACCGCUCGGAAAAGCUCUCGCAAGUGAGAGUGAGAUCCGUUGAAAUUCUGUGAGAGAAAGAAAAAGUGAACCCUGUCGAUAUUCCUGUGACCACUGAACGGUAGCGCACCACCCACCACCCUCGAAGUGACGACGCGUUGGAAUUAGUGUCCCGUUCGGUUUCGUUAACCGACGACAAACGAAUACCAGCCCGGGUCGUUCUCGGUUGUACGCGAAUGCUUACUGCGUAAUAAGUGUUUUGGCUGUGCAAGUUUAGCUUAUGAGCUAAAGUUGAUCCCGAAUAUCUAAGCUAGGAUAUAGACUCGUGUUUUAUAUUCUCAAAAGUAGCGGCAGAGAAGGAAGCGCGAGCAACCGUACAAGUCUUAGUUAUUAGUCAACCGACUAGUUUAACGGUGGUGAGCGAUUAGACGACAGUCGUCGGUUGUGUAGAUAUUCGUAAGACCAACAUAGUGGCCAGUAUCCAGUAGAACCUGCACAAGCGGCGCCCCCAGAGGAAAACUUUAAAUCUGGGGCAUUCCAGGCGGUUCUCAUGCUGAACUACCGCCUUGUGUCCACACACUUCCUUAAACAGCCGUAGAUUAUUCAAGGACCGGUCGUAAAAAUGUGCAGAGAUAGAGAUAUGCCACUUCGAUGAAUUAAUUGCAAAUUGUUCUGCCAGUGUUUCCUUCGCGCGUGUGUUCGUAUGCUAACGCGCGGAUGCGUGUGUAAUUGUUAUUCUUGUCAUCGCUGAAGAAAAGUAUCGUUAUUUUUUCCGCCACCGUUGUAUCAAUCUUCGCGAAGACGUGUUUAGUAGAAAGUGCUCGAGGUUAACAACGGACGAUUUUUCGCCGCUGAAAACUCAAUAGCCGGUUGGCCGAUCAACCCUUGAUCGCGACCUACCAAACGGAAAUCUGCUAAAUUUUCAUCAAUCCACACUCUCCAAAACCACUUACCAGCACCUGCGUGUUUGUGUGCGUGCACCCAUCUGGCCGGUUUCCUCGGCAGCCUGCCUUCGUUCGAUUGUCAUUGUUGUCGACUGUGAAGAGCAACCGAUAAAUAAUUGAAAAGCAAAAAAAAUAAUAGUAAAUAAAAUUACCAUAGCCGGCCGAUUAAUAAUUCAUACCGAAUCGGAGUGAAGGUGAACCGCGUGGCACGAAAAUUGUGUUAACUGCAUCGUGAUCACCCUCCAGUCACCGGCUCGAAAGCUUCAAAGUUUCUUGCUCAAGAGGAGUGAUUCGAUCGCGCAGCGGUUGAGAGCGUUCGGAACCGGGUGUUUUUUUUGCGGAACAAGCAAGGAAAUUAGCACACACACACAACCAGCAAUAACAACAGCAACAACUCGUGCGCCAACUUCUUGGUGUAGUUUGCGAAAAUUCCGCCCAAAAUUGAAGUAUUUGCUAAAAACGUUUGGGAAACAGUUACAGCUUGUGUGUGCGGCAUGCGUCGCCCAUCACCGGGACAGAAUGAAGACGACCUGAGUCGUCUCACAACGGUAAUCUCCCCAACGACAGCCAGCUUAUCUUCUACGCAAACGGAACAUGAAGGAGGAGACAGUAGCAGUAGUAGCAGUAACAGCAGCAAGAGUAACCAUAAAAACAACCAUCGCCAAGAACAGCACAGCAACACAGGAAGCAAUAACAACCCCCGCCACGGAGACGGAAACGGCAACAAUGGAACAUUGGGCGCAUCGACAUCCCAGUACCUGCCCAAUUUGAUUAAUUCAUCCGAGUGGCAAAAUUGCCGAAAACGCAAAGAACGACAGGAUAGCACCUCCUCGAUCAGUCAGGAUCGGAAGCUGGUUCGAUCAAACAGUGAGGAGCAUCUCCCCAACUGUCAGGAGGUCAUCCGUCGUGUCUCCUCGCACGAGGAAUUUAAAAGACCUUCGCCGCUAAUUGAAAUAUGCCUCGACAAGGAAAACAUUAUCGAGGAAACUGCUGAAGAGGAACACCACCUGUUGGAGGACCAACAAAUUUUCGAAAAGAAUCUGAAGAACAGUUCGGAGAAUUUGAAAAAGUUCUUCAUUGGCAGCGAAAGCCUUUGCGCAGCCAGCAGAGAUUCUUACGAUAGCCAGAAUAUUAAGGCUGGCGAACAACAUCACUAUCAGCAUUCUCACAACAAUCAUUUGAGUCAUCACAAUCAUUCCUCAAGACACCGGCUCUCGCCAUGUCGUGACGUGCUAAAAAAUCGCAAGGACUCCGACAGCGAGUUGGAUGGCGAACAUGAGCGCAGGCGCCAUUGCGAAAGAUUUUCCAAAACUCGUCCACCCCCGGGACGAAAGUCGGUUUCUCCUCGGAACCGCACCAAGCAAAUUAAACAUGCAUCUGGUAAGGACAAGAGCGGCAAUGAACAUUUCUAUUCCAAGCAUGACUCACAUCAUUCAAUCAAACAUGAACGCCGCAGCUACAGCAAACGGGACAAAUCAUCGGAACCGCAGAAACCCUCCGAGCCGGAAAUAUGCUCUGACUACAAUGACAACAAUGUGCUCGAAAAAGGAAGUGCUGAAUUACCUCGCGAGAAGCAACUACCGUGGGAACAAUCGUUUCAGGAUGACAUGCCGGUCGUAUGCCAACGUUUCGCGGAACAUAACUUUGAGCAUGCCAAUGCAAUGGGAACAUUCGGUGAAGUUCGUAGUCUACCCCCGAAUGCCACCAUGAAACACUAUGGUAACCACCGUAACACGGAGCUACAUCCGACAAACCAGAAACCGAUCCCGCAGGCCAAUAACAUGUUCGACGAGCGUAUCAAAACUAUCAACCGUAAGUUGAGCACGCAGAAGAAGAAACUAACGCAGUAUGAAGACCGCUUCGAGCGGGAGAACGGCUACCGUCCGGCCCAUGGAGACAAAACCAGCGACAGCUCCAUCAGGUCGGUAGUUGUAGAAAUACACAAGCUGCGCAAAGAGAAAAAUCAAAUCAAGGCAGAUUUGGCGGUGUUGAAUGCAAAGGCGGUCGCAAAAACAAGUUCGGAUGUAACCGAUUCGGUCGCGUCCGAGGAUGCAAACAAGCUGAACAAGAUGCAGGAGACGAUCGUUGAUAUUGAGAAGCGCCUUCAGGAGAAACGUGCCACAGAUCAUCGCAGCGAAAAUUUGGACAGCCUUUCUGGUGAUCAGUUAGUAGAGGAGAAGGCAUCUGUCCAACGAGCCUUGCUCUAUCUGGAAUCGAUCUACGGCCGUCCUGCCAGCCGAGAAGAACGUGACGCAGCCAGGCCCCUCUACGAUCGCUAUCGGCUCAUCAAACGGUUGGUUAAUCGAGCAAAUUCGAUCAGUGGCCCCUGCGGAGCCAACUCUCAGAUGCCAACGAUUCUGGAGCACGAAGCUCUGGCCAUUGUGGGAACAACGACACCCUCAACGGACAUUUCCCCACCAUCGGCUACCUCUAUGAUUCAAUCGCCCGCAGACACUUCGACUGCUUCGACCACGGCACUCUCGACGGAUGAGUCGGAAACUACAACUAGCUCGAUCACGGAGAAUAUUCACGCUAUGACUGUGGAUGAACUGUGGGAACAUUACGACGCUGCCCGGGAGGAAAAGAAGGAACUACGGCGAACUAUUAAGGAUUUCGAACAGCAGUUCGAAGAAACUACAGGCCGGAAAAUGUUGAAAUCGGACCGAAAGAUGAUCGAGGAUACUUAUGCCCUAUACAAGCAGAAGAAGGCGAAACUUCGACUCAUCGAUGCCCUGUUUAAAAAGCAAAUGGCGGUUUGAAGUGAUCUCUUAUUUCUUUUACCAGUCCUACUCACGUUGAUUCCAAAUAUCCUCCUCCAAAUAUGCAACCAAUUCUUCCCGUUCAUUCUACCAGGCAUGUAAGACGUUAUCAUGAACCUAUCCUCUGAAAGUUCCUUUCAUAAUCAUAAUUCUUCUGUUCAUUAUAUUUAUUUCAUUUGUGCACCACGUUUAAUCCUUUCGUAAACGUUUUAGUGACCAUAACAAACCUUACCUCGCGUUGUUUCGUUCGUGAAACGUGGUGAAAUAUUUGAUUUGUUUUGUGAGAAUUUGAAAUAAAAGCUGUCGACGAAAUGCUAAUAAUGACCUUAAUCAAACGACGCGUUUAAUAUCGUAUCAAAGCAAACAAUAUUUAAUGUUGGUUCAGAUAGCAGAACAGAAAUAAAGGCAUACACACUAUAUUAGGGCUUGUUUACCUGUUUUAUUUUUUUCUUCUGGUGUCUAUUUAUCUGUUAUUAAGUAUAUAAUUGUGUAUCUCUAUUAAUUUUUGAACUACAUACUAGUGUUAGGGGAAGGUCUCCUCAAGCUUAAGAAUUUUUGGAAAAAAUGCGGUCUUUUGCCGAAGAGAAUAAUAAACAGUAAAAUAUAUAUACAAUUUAACAAACAUACAGACACACAUACAGAUUUACUGCAAGCUGAGAACGAUAAGCGCAUCUUUGCAAAACAAAAAAAAAACUAUUCAGUUUGAUCUAGUGCAACAAUGUAAGCGAUAUUUACAUUUCAAAAUGUGACCUAAGCAAAAUACAUGUAAUGUAUGAAAAUUUUGAUUUAGCCUUUAUAUACAUUCGGGAAAAAAGUGCAAACUUAUAAUCGUUUAAAUUUUGGAGCACGAAGUGAAAAAAAAAUCAAGUGUACAUGUACUACUCACAAUUAAACAAUCUAUACACGAAACAGUUAUUUAAAAGGAUACAGAUUUUUUCCGGAAAGUAAAUACAUCAUGCAAAUUGACGAAAUCCGUAGAGUUCACCCCGUACUACUAUACCGAUAUUCAGUGAAAGUAAACAAAAAACCCAUACAAAAACGGCGUAACACAGAAAACAGUACAUAAAUAAACACGUAUUUGUAGCUCUUUAAGAUACUGAUUGGAACGAUUAUUAUUAUUGCUGAAGAUAAACCGAGGGAAAGCGAUAUGUUCUCAAAGAACGAUUUAUUACGCAUUAUGAUUACUAUAUUAUAACUAUUAUAAUUGCUAGUGUAUUUGGUGCAUGAAGUGCAAAUUGAUGAAGAACGUUGAAAAAUAAAGUGAUGUUGGCAGAAAAUCUGGAAUGUACGCAGAGGCAUCGAGUGAAUAUUGAUAUAAUAGAUUUAGUUCUUGGUGAAUAUAAAAAAGCAGAGUUAAGCUAUGUGCAA